UGUAGUGAGAACACUGUUAAGGGAUACGACAUUUUAGAUGGCGCACGUAUAGCCAAUCCAAAAAAGAACCGUGUUCAAGUAAUGAGAGGUUAUUCUUGGUACCACGUCAGUAAUCAUCAGUAAUUAAAUUGGAAGAAGAAACUAUAACCUAAAACUUAUUUUCCAUUGAAAUAUUAAGAUGCCCAAAAAAAAAACAGGUCAAAGAAGAAAAGCUGAAAAACAAAAAUUAAGACAAAAAGAAAUUAGAACUGCCAAGGAGCAAAUAGACAUAGCAAAGCUACCAUGUAAUUCAGUUAUGGAAUGUGACAAGUGCAAUAAAAAACAGAAAAGUCGUGCCUUCUGCUAUUUUUGUCAAAAUGUGCAACGCUUGCCUAUGUGUGCACAUUGUGGCAAAGUCAAAUGUAUGUUAAAAACAGGAGAUUGCGUAGUAAGACAUCCUGGUGUAUUUACUACAGGUCUAGGCAUGGUUGGAGCUAUAUGCGAUCAUUGCGAAGCCUGGGUUUGUCAUGGAAGACGUUGCUUAACAUCGCAUGCAUGUACUUGCCCGUUGAUGGAUGCCAUUUGUCAAGAAUGCGAAAGAGGAGUUUGGGAUCAUGGUGGAAGAAUAUUCCGCUGUUCUUUCUGCAAUUGUUUCCUCUGUGAAGAUGAUCAAUUUGAACAUCAAGCAUCAUGUCAAGUAUUAGAAGCUGAAAGUUUCAAAUGUCAGUCGUGUAAUCGUUUAGGACAAUAUUCGUGUCUUAGAUGUAAAACAUGUUAUUGCGAAGAUCAUGUACGUAGGAAAGGGUUUAAAUAUGAAAAAAAUAAACCUAUACCUUGUCCUAAAUGUGGAUAUGAAACAUCACAAACUAAGGAUCUUAGUAUGUCUACGAGAAGUCAUAAAUUUGGUAGACAAACUCAGGCUGGACCAUAUGAUUCAGACGAAGAAAAUGAUUAUAAUGGUUACGGUAACAAUUCAGAAUAUUAUAUCGCUAAUGAUGAUGAAGAAGAUGAGGAUGAAAAUGAUGAUGAAGACGAUGAAGAAGAUGAACAAGAAGAUGAAUCUUCUAGCGAAGACGAAGUAAAGGAUAAUGAUAAAGUGAGCAAAGAAAUAUAAAAACCAUUAAGCAAUAAAGUGAACUUAACGUGUGAAAAAUAUACAAAAAAGUAUACAAAUUAAAAAUUACUUUAUUAACACGUUAAGCGCCAUGCCGAUCCAUAAGGACUGACGGCAGACUUUUCGUUCUUCUAUCGGUUUGUUUAUCUUCUGCUAAGGAGAAAAGACUAUAAGGAUAUAAACAAAGUAUAUACACAGCAUUUAUUGCGAUUGUAA